AUGCCGGGAAUCCCUGGCAUUCCGGGGCCGCAAGGACCGCAGGGAAGAGAUGAAGUCAAAGGACAGACUGGUGACAAGGGGGUGCAAGGAAUGCUCAGACAAAAGGGAGAGAAAGGAAAUGAAGAGCCUCGUGGGAAGAGCGGACCGCCAGGAAUGAUGGGAAUAAAAGGAACGCGAGGAACUGUGGGAGAUCAAGGAAUAAAAGGCGAUAAGGGAGAGAAAGGAGAAAGCGUGACAAGUCCUUCUAGUGCAGUGCCACAAACCAGCUGGAAACAAUGUGUGUGGAAGAGUGAUGAUCAUAAAGAUAACGGCAAGAUCAAGGAAAUUAUGCCAGUCUAUGGUUCUUCCAGCAAGUGUAACCGGUGGUUCUUCAAGUUUAAUGGUAACGAAUGCAGUGGACCAAUGACAAUCGAAGCUCUUGUGUACAACAGUUGGCCAUCUGGGAAACCCUAUCUGCUUCAUCAUCGAUCAUUUGAGGGAUACUGUGAAAACAUCCCACAGGGCACAUUUAGAGUGGAAUUAUGGGUAGGACAGUGUCCUGGCGAUGCUUUGGGUGACGCUCGCACUGGAUGGGAAUCAGUGUCCCGGAUAAUGAUUGAGGAAGUGUCUAAGCCCGUCCUAAUUAAUCAGCUCUCACGAUCGAGAUCAUCGCUGCUUUAG